AUGGCCACGAGCAUGGGUCCCAACUUCACUGGGCACCCGGCCGGCAUGGCCCACCAGGCCGUCGCUGGCCACCCCAUGGGCCCCGGCAUGCCUCCCAACGCGGCACAGCAUGGUGCACCCGGCGCCGGCGCCAACCCCCAUGCUCUGCAGCAGUUGACCCCCGCCCAGCAGCAACUGUUCCAGCAUCAGCAGCAUCAGCAACAACAGCUGCAGAGUCAAUUUCAUAACCCGAGCGCGAUGGCCGCGAUGCGACAACAUCAACUCCUACAACACCAGCAACAACAAGCCAGGCAGGCUUUGAUGGCCCAGCAAGCCGUCCACGCCAACAUGGGCGUCGGCAAUGGCAUGCCCAUGGCGGGUAUGCCGAUGAACCAGCUCAGCCCACAACAGAUCCAGCACCUUCGGCAGGCGGGCAGGCUUGGACCGGGUCAACAUCCCGCCCAGGCCAUCAUGGCCCAGCAGCUGGCCUUGCAGCAGCAGCAGCAGGCACAACAGCAACAACAGCAGCAGCAGCAGCAGCAGGCCGCGCAGCAAGCUUCACACAACCAGCAGAUGCCCGGUGGUCCGAAUCAGGGGCAACACAUGCCGAUGAACGCCCAAAGCAUGGCUAGUCCGGGUGGGCAACAGACACAGGGACAGCCGCCGUCACAGCCCCAGGGACAGCCGUCGCAGCCCGGCCAACAAGCCCAGCAAACACCGCAGCAGUCCUCUCAGGCCGGGACGCCGGCUCCCAGUGGUCGACAGACGCCGUCGCAGACGCCGGCCCCUACGCCAGCGCAGUCGAACCAGAUGCAGCAGGGCCAGGGUCAAGGACAGCUGCAGCAAGCCCAUCCGCAGGCACAACAGCACAUGAGCGCCGCGGCGGCACAGCAACUGGCCAUGACCAAUUCCAUCUUCCAACAACAAAGGAGAGAAGGGAUGAGGGGCCAAUGCCUGCUGAAGCUAAUGCAGUUCGGCGAGUGCCUCAGCGGAUUCCCUGGAGCCAAGGGCAAGGACGACCUCUCGUACUGGAACAUGUUUGUCGGUCGAUUCUUCUCAGCCAACGGCGUCUUCCGGCAUUCGUUACACUUUGGCGAUACCGAGGACAUAACAGACAAGCAAUACGAGAUUGCCUAUCCCGCCAUCGCCCGAUAUUUUCACACUCACCAUGCAAGUGGCGUGAAGAGCAUGCAGUUGGUCUUGGAUAAGGGGGUGACCGACAGGCCGUUGGCGGCGGAUUCCCAUGCCAUCGAAAACGCCCGGGCUAGCUUCGUCUACUGGUUUGAGACGGGAUCGCAUCUUGUCGCCACGGGAACUCUGCGGGCGCAUUUCGACACGGAGCUCAAGUUCGAACUCUUUGAGUUCUUCACCACGGGACACGAAGAAUACAUAUCUCGCAAGCAAGUCAUUGACGCCGCCAAGCCCGCGCACAUGUGGUUCAAGGAAUGGCACAAGACCAACGCGCAGGACGGCAAGCAGUCUCCCGAGAUGUCAAAGAAGAGCAAAGCCAAGCAGCUCAGGUCGCCUCAAACGCAGCCGCCGGAAGUCUUGGUCGACCUCCCGGACUCGGCCGUCAACAGCAAGGGGGUGACGGAGGCUGUGCACCAAUUUCUCGAGAUCGUCGAGGUCAUGGGCCAGAUGAACCCCUUGUUUGGGUUUUGCCACGGCAAUCCAGGCGUGGGCCCAUAUGCGGCACUGGAGCAGUACGUCUCGACUUAUAUCAACGGCGGCCCGCCGGCCAUGAACGGCCACGCGGUGCCGCAGGGCCAGAGAACUCCCAGCUUCGGGCAAUUUGCCAUGGGCGCGAGCCCCGCGACGACGCAUAUGAACCUCCCCGGGUCACCGCACAUUGGCAGCCCGGCGCCGGGCCAGAUGCAGGCCCCCGGCAUGCAGCUGCAGCCCAGCCAGCAAGGGACCAGCUCAAGCGGACCAAGCGCCAACACGUCGCCCGCGUCCAACAAGCGCAGACGGCCAUCUGGCAUCAAGGAGGAGGACGGGUCGGGCGCCCCUACUCCCGCGGGGUCCGGCCCUCAGAUGAACGGAGCUCCGAACCGUGCCAACAAGCCGCCGACUCCGCGUAUGCCAAAGAGGGUCAAGGGAAAUCCCUCAUGA